UAGACCUUUCGCUUUAUAGAGAUCAGUGGAGCUUGCUUGGAGACAGAUUCAGAGUUCCUUACUAAAAUUAGAUAAUUAUUUAUACUGUUAUAUGAACAUGUUUUGAUACGCUCUUGUUUUUCUCUAGCCACCUUAAUCGUGACCUGGAGUUAUGUUUUUCAGAGCUAAUUUCAGCUAUUGAGAGUAAUAGAAAAAAUAAGAUCAAGUCAUCUAUUAAUACAUUCAUGGGUUCCCCCAAACAAUAUCCAACUUUAUUCUCAGCAUUACAAUCAACUAACAGUUCUUUCGCUGAAAAGGAUCUAGAGGAUUUGCAAUUUCAAUUUGAAGAUAUACUGUCAUCAACUCAAAAGAAAAUAGAAAAUUUAGAGCGUGAAAUAUCUUUAACAAAAGACAAGCAAAAUGAAAAACCCAAAAUUGAUAUUGAGAAGAGAAAGUCAAGUACUGAUAGACCAGGAAAAAAACUAAAAGUUUCUUCUAGUAAAGGUCAUUCUUCUGGAGCAAGCCAUCAAAAAAGCAAAAAUGUACAGCCUCAAAAACAACAAACAUCUGAUUUUUCUGAGGCUAUAGUUGAAACUCCCAAAUUCCAGAAACCAGAUAAUUCAAAUAGAUUUUGGUCAUAUUUAGAGGAAUAUUGGGCCGAAAUUUCUCAAGAUGACAUUACAACCUUGGAAGAUUGGCUUAAAGUACAUGACCAUGACUCUGAGUACCAAACUAUUCCCCCUCUGGGUGAGCAUUAUACAAGCAAAUGGAUUGAUGAGGACCUCUUUGAAGAAAUGAAAGAAGGUUCUAAAUCUGCAGAAUGUCCCAAAGGUUUUGUUGAUGAAAACUAUUCAAACUGUGCAGAAAAAGCUGAAUUGCUUGCAAAAGCAAAAGAAGAAUGUUACAACAUACAGGAAUAUGUAUCUGGAAGUCUAACUGAACGCUUAGUGGCUGCUUUAGUUAAGGGGAAUCUUAUGACAUCUCUUGAUAAUGAUCUAGAUGAGGCUUGCUCAAGUGAAGCUGUUGCUAUGAAACAGAAUCACUUAAAACCUGAUCGAGCAGUUAGUGAAAUUCUUGAAAAGAGAUUGCUCAGAGAACUAUUACAUAAUGAUUAUUUGCAAAGUGAAGAUGCUGACACAGAUACUGAUGAUGAGCUUCUAGGGGAGUUGAAAAUGCUGCAGUUUUCACUAAAACCAAUUUCUGAACAUAACAAGCUGCAAAAGACAAACCUUUUAUCUUGUGCAAAAGCAGAAAUGAAAAAGCAAGAAGUGAAAAUGAAGUUGCAGGAGUGUGAUGCAAAGGUAAUGGAAUCCUAUCGUACAAUGGCUGCAGCUAGGUCAAAGAAGAAAAAACUCAGCAAAAAAGAACAAGAACAAAUUUUAAUCAUGCUUAGAAGGCGCAGUUGUUUAGUUAAUGAACUUGAGAAAAUGUAGUGAAGCUAAGCAAGCGUGUUAUUUUAUGUAAAUACAUAUUAAUAUUUAUUUUUGUUUUAUAUGAUUUUAUUUAAUAAAACAUUUUAGUGUUUCAAA